AUGAAUACCGCGUCCGCCGAGGCUCCCAAGCCCAGCGAGUCCUCACCGCAUUGCUACCAACCGGGCUACGCCGUCGUCGCAUCAUCGUCGUCCAUCAUUCAUCGCUGCAUACCGCUGCCCCAAGCCAAUGCCCCGCCUGGUCCAACGGCCCUGCCGCGCCCUCCUGACUCUCACGAGAGGUACGCCGACGCCAUCAACACUGUGGCCCUUCCGGACUCAAAACACCCGCUGGUCCAAGAUCUCGUCUGUAACAUCAUUGAAGAAGACGUCGCCACCUCCAACGAGCUCGCCCGUCUCGUUCAUACCUCGAUCGCAGGAUACCCCCGAACGAGACAUGCUGACGUACGAGUCGAACUUGCCCUCCAGCUUCCAAAGAUCCAGGCCGCCCGCGACUGCGCCGUUGCUGCCUUGAGCGCCGAUCAGAAAGCAACCCUUGAAUCGCAGCUCAAGGUCCAGAAGCGAGCAAUGAAUGCGGCAAGUCGGAGGGAGAAAUACAUAAGCUUUCUUGACGCGACCUGGAAUGGCCGGACGGCAUGGCUGCGCUCACCAUACUACAAACGGUCAGUUCCCCCCGGGCUGAACUUUGUCGGCUGCAUCCGAAGCAUCACCAUCUCGGCCCUCAGCAUCCGGCUCCCUCUCGAUAGCCUCUGGCAACCCGGGGGGGAGUUGUACGAAGCGACCAUGAAAGUUUCGGAUCCUCCAACACUCAACCUUCGGGCUGCCGAAGACGCAAAGAAGGCCAUGGAUCUCCGGGUCGAUGGCAUGGCCCCAGUUGCGGACCGUGGCGAAGACGAACAAGAACAAGAAGACGUGGAGGCGGACAAGUGUGGGUCGGCUGACUCGCCCGCAACGGGGUCUUUGCUGCUAGAUGAUGACCAGAGUAUCGCCGAUUCGGAUCAAGACUCGGUUGAAGCACCUCGAGACGCUGGCUCAUUGUUCAGCGGUGGCGAGAACAGUUUCGAAAUGUCUCCGUUGCGUGAUUCAAACGGUGACGAUGACGACGACUUCCCAGCAUUCCCUUCACCUAUCCAGAACACCGACGAUGCCAAGGAAACGCCCAGAAGGCCGGGAGAUGUCCUCGCCAGCCUUCACCAUUGGGAUGUCGCCAUUAGGAAGCUGCGCCGCUCAAGUCAGCAGCAAAGCACAGUUGUUGCCGAGGAGAAAAGAAUCGUUCUUGCAAGCAAUAAUAGUGCAGGUGAGCACAAAGGCAAAGGCACGUCGCCAGCCCCAUCACCACAGCAUCCACUACAAGACUCUAGUGUGGUAGCAGGGCACCCCGAGACGGACAAGGUCAGGAAGGACGAGGACGCGACAAAGGGCGAGUUGCUGAACUCGAAUGACAUUCCCGCCCCGAAGGCCGACACAACAACCAUCGACCAUUUGGCCCAAGAGCUCUUCACCAAGAUCCAACAGCAGCUCAGUCAGGACGCCUGGCUCACUGAUGAUGUGGUCGACGCCUUGAUCCGGGUUGUGGUUAACUACUACACGAAGCCUCAGCCCUCACACAAAGUCACCGUCAUGUACAGCCUAGCCCUCGACAUUGAAUCUCCCACCGAGCCUUCCUUCAAACUACUGCGCCAUCUCGGGCUCGAGCCUGGCAUCCAGUCCCAUUCAAUAUACAUCCCACUACACCACAAAAAGGGUACCCCUCAUUGGACCUUGGCCAUCUUGCAAGCCGACCGGACGAAGGUCAAUAUUACACACUUGGACUCCGUUCCCGACCAGCAACGUACCAAGCAAGCCCGCGCAUUGUUGACAGCCCUUGCUCCCCGCGUCUUUCCAACUCAACAACUCGAGUUUGUUGACGCAGCGUGCCCACGUCAGAAUGAUGGCCACAGCUGCGGUAUACACGUGGCUGCUAUGGUGCGUUUCCUUGCUGCCAGCCGACCAUUUCCGGAGCGCUUCUAUAUUGCCGUCGAGCGAAAAACACUUGCCAACAUGCAAGUCCGCGACGAUGAGAUCAGGGUUCGAGACGCUUACAUCAGUAUUGAAAAGCAAAAGUCGCUGCACGAUGCUGCGGGGUUUCUGGCUUCCAUUAUGGCGGCCGCGCACAAGGCGACGACGACAGGCAACGAGACGACUGUUCCUGACGCUGAUGGCGACACCGCAAGUACAGUCCGUGUCGCUCACAGGGCCGAACUCGCCGUCGUGGCCAACAAAAUCAGCGACACUGCGUCCUUGAUGCUUGUCGGCGCCGGAUUCCGUCCAGUCCCUCUUGAUGAAAGUCGCGCUGCGCUGACUGCCGCCAAAGCUGAAUAA